GAGUAAUCAAAGCGAGAUUGAGUAAAGGCAGAACCAGAGAGAGAUCAAUUUAGGAUAAAGACCGACUCUCGCUGCACCAGACAAAUGGGGACCGAUAACAUCACUUCCACUGUACAUCAACCAGCUGGGAUAGAUGGGGUUUUCAGAAAUGUUCGUACGGCGUCCCUGGUCAUCUACUGUGUGAUAUUUAUGGUUGGGACUCUGGGCAACGCUGUGGUCAUCUAUGUGACAGGCUGCAGGAUGAAGAGAACGGUCAACUCAGUUUGGUUUCUCAACUUGGCUCUGGCUGACUUCCUCUUUACAGCCUUCCUGAUUUUCUCGAUCAUUUCUCUCUCUCAGGAGCACCAAUGGCCAUUUGGACAAUUCAUGUGCAAGCUCAACAGCUUUGUGAAUAUAGUCAACAUGUUUGCAAGUAUCUUUCUCCUGACAGCCAUAAGUCUGGACCGUUGCCUGUCGAUCUGGGUGGUGGUGUGGGCGCACAACAAGCGCACCGUUCGCAAGGCCCAGGUUAUAUGCGUUGUCAUCUGGAUGACUGCUGUGGUCUGCAGCAUCCCUUAUGCCACCUUUCGGGAGGUUAGGGUCGGAGGGGGGAAGAUUUACUGUGCUUAUUCUGUAUCCACAACACAAAAAUUGGGUCUCAACAUCUUUCGCUUUGUCAUGGGCUUCCUCAUCCCUUUCCUGGUAAUAUUGCUCUCUUAUGUGGCCAUAGCGGUUCGUGCAGGGCGCUUGCAGAGAACCAGGAAACAGAGAUCUCGCCGAAUCAUUUUCUUUAUCGUUCUUGCAUUCUUCCUCUGCUGGUUGCCCUUCCACAUUGUUUGUUUAAUAGAAUUAAUGAUGCCAACUAACUCAAAGAAUAUUGUUAUUAUUGUGGGUCCACUGGUUUUGAGCCUAGCUUUUAUGAACAGCUGCCUGAACCCCAUUCUUUAUGUUUUCAUGUGUGAUGAAUUCCAGAAGAAGCUCAAGCAGUCCAUAUGCUUUGUCCUAGAGAGUGCCCUGGCAGAGGACCACUUGUCAUUUAUGUCUUCUCGCAGCUUGCCGUCACAAUUUUCUCGGACAACCCGGAAGUCUGACUCUACUGCACCCGAGGAGAGGAGAGGAAGAUCCACUUCCUUGAACUUGGAAGAAAGCAAAGUGGCCAUCACUGUGGAGACAGAGAGAGAGACUGGGAGCACCGAUUAGGAGUGCCAUCUUAACAGGAGAUGUCAAUCUAAUGUGUCCACAUCAAACUUAGUAGAGCACAAACAUGUUACACAUAACAUGUUACAUUUAUUCGGUCAGUAUAUCUGUAUUAUUUGUAUUUGCUAUGUGUGAUUUCAAUGCGUUUAUUUUGUAUUAAAGCGACUAAUACUCGCGAUCAGGUGUUUUCAAUUAUGGUUGAUAAGACAUCCUUAUUGACUCCCUUGUGCCUUAUGUUGCACCUGUUACAACGCUCACUUUUUUAUAGUAAAUGCAGUUUGAUGACAUCACACAGCUCCCGAUAUCUCAGGUCUAAUCAGCCAGAAUAUUUGAAAACACCUGUGUGGGUGUGCUGUGGCUUUAGGAUGUAAAUAUCAAGUUCUUUUUUGUAACAAUUCAUUAUUUUGUACCAUGAAACUGUGACUUUCAAUACAUUAGAUAUGGAAAUGCCUAUAAUUCUUAUGAUAAAGAGACCAGUUGUAUGUUUAUCUUUGUUAGCUUUCGAUGCUCCAGAUUAUUUACCUGUAGUUAUUGACAGGCUGAUUGUUCAUCCUUGAGACUGUCACACAAGACUAAGCUUUAAUGAUUGAGCUAUACGCAUUUCAAUACAAUGAAUAAAAACUUCAUUUUGA